GGUGGUAGCCUGACACCUACCCUAGCUCCCUGAGCUCAUCUAUUCUGGCCUUCUGCCCCCACCCCUUGGGUCUGGCCCAGCCCCCUUUCCCAGGCUCCACCCACUUGCCUCCCUCAGGCCACGCCCCUUUCUGGUGGACACACCUACUGUCCCCUUGGCUCCCUGUGACUCCGCCUCUUUCUGAUGACCCCAUCCACUUGCCCCCUCAAGCCCCGCCCCUUUUUGCCAUUCCCAAGGGCUGUCUGGCCCCACCCUCAGGCCACGCCCCUUCCUGAUGGUCCCACCCACUGUCCUCCUGGUUCCUCCCUCUUGUCUCCCCGUGACCCCCACCUCUUUUCCCUGGCCCCACUCAUCUCAAGGCCUGCCCCAACUGCUGUCUCUGGACACGCCCCCUUGCUCUGGCCCCUCCCACUUUGCCUCUCUACAGGCCACGCCCCUUUCUGAUGGUCCUGCCCACUGACCACCUGCCCCGCCCCCCAACUUGCCGCCCUCAAGCCAUGCCCCUUUUGCUCGUCCCAACUCCUGUCUCUGGCCCCGCCCACCGCCUCUCUUGACCACGCCCCUUUCUGAUGGCUCCACCUACUGUCUCUGGGACCAUGCCGUGGCCCCCCUCCCCCUUGCCUCCCUGUGACCCCGCCUCUUUCUGAUGGCCACACCCACUUGCCCCUUAUGCUCCGCCCCUUUUUGCCAUUCCCAACCGCCGUCUCUGGCCACGCCCCCUUUCUCUGACCCCCCCCCCACGGGCUACGCCCCUUUCAGAUGGUCCUGCCCCCUGGCCCCACCCACUUGUCCACCCCCUCCAAGCCCUGCCCCUUUUUUGCGCCAGUUCCCAACCGCUCUCGCUGGCCCCGCCCCCUUCCCUCCGGCCCCGCCCCCUUUGUCCUCCCGGCCGGAGGGCCCCAGCCGUUGGUCUCCCUUUCAGCCCCGCCCCCUUUCCCCUGCCACCUCCCACUCGUCUCGCCCCCCUCGCGCCGCCCAGUGUGGCGCAUGCGCGCGCCGCUUCCGCUCGAGACCCCGCCCUCCUCUUUCCGCGCGGGCCGGGCCUUAUUUGGCGCGCGCGGGGGCGCGCGCGCGGCCCCCAACCUCCCGCUUCCGUCCUCGCCCGCGGCGCGACCCCUCACCCGGAAGUGGUUCGACCGGAAACGAAUCCGCCGCCGGCGGACCGACUCAAGGGGGGGGGGGCGGCCCAACAGCGGCGGCCGCUGAGCCCGACGGGAGCCAGGCGCGAGACCGACCCCCCCGCAGCGACCCCCCCCCUCCUCUCCCCGAGCUCUGCCCCUCCCCCCUCGCCCCGCCGCCGCCGGCUCGCGGCCCCGUGGCCCGGCCCGGGCGCGAAGCUGGCGGAGCUGGGCCGGGCGGGGGGCGGCGGGGCCGGGGCCGGGGCCGGGGCCGGGGCCGGGAUGAUGCGGACUCAGUGCCUGCUCGGCCUGCGGACCUUCGUGGCCUUCGCCACCAAGCUCUGGAGCUUCCUGCUCUACCUGCUGCGGCGCCAGGUCCGCACCGUGAUCCAGUACCAGACGGUGCGCUAUGAUGUGCUCCCUCUCUCCCCGGCUGCACGGAACCGGCUUA